AUGGAGAACCCCACUACUUCCCUGCCAAUUCGCCAGCCUAAGCCGAGUCCUGUGAAAUCUACACAUAUUUUUCCAGUCGCGGUCGGCCCAUUCCCAAUCGCUUGUCUCGAAGAACACCAACUCAUCGAACGAUACAAAAGAGCCUACGAAAUUGAGAAGCACAUUCAGAAGUAUGAACCUGAUUUCCGUAUCCGAGUUGAGCACUUUGCUACAAUUUUGCUUGUUCCCCUACAAGAUUUCGAGAAGCGCGGUCUUUUCUCUCCUGAGACUUCUGACCCUCUCGACCUAAAGGAUCGACUGGAGUGUAUCUCACCAUUUUGCAAGCACUAUAUGCUUCACCUUGAUCCCAAAGAAACACUGAAACCAGUCUGGAAACACGCCAGACCUAUUCCGCCGGGCAAUGUAGUACAGCCACUGACCCCUGGGAUGGGCUACAACGAGGCUAUGAAGGCGAUGCACUCCCGUGCUGCUUUCAGAACUUACCCAAAGUUCUAUCAAGUUCCCAACCAUGCCGGCGAGCAAGAGGAGAACAAAUGCAGGGUGCGCGACCAAUAUAAAUGCGUUCUAACGGGAAAACACAACCCUUCCGUCUUCUGGUUCAUUCCCAAAGGCUGGAACGACAACGUGCUACACAACGAUGCCACAGGCAAUCUUGAAGCUGGAUGUAUCCGCUUAGCCAAGAUCGAUCUUUUAGAUGAUAUCAUCAGUUCAACUGAGCUUGGCAAGACCCACAAAGUUUGGAACAUGCUCUGCGUUGAUAAGGAUAUCGACGACCUUCUCAAAAAGGGUCUCGGCGCAUUCAAGUACAUUGGCAAAGAAAAGGUUGAUGGGCAAGUCAAAGUGCAGUUGAAAUUCUUCUGGAUGCCUGAUCUGCCUGGAAGAUUCAAUCAGGUUAUUGAUCUCAACCAAAUGAAAGGACUCGAGCGACACACUCACAGCAAUGGCGCCACAAGCUUCGACUACAACAGGAUAAAACGGGAAAACAUACGAGAAAUCAGUGUGGACCUCAGCAUUUUCCAGCGCGACGGCUGUCUUAAGCCACGAUCUGAUCGCUGGCCUACCAACUUUAACCUGCAGCUCAAUUCAGCUAGAACGGUCUACAUUGAGAUGUCAGAGCGAGAGUCAGAGCUAUUCGAGUCUGUGGUCAAGAUACACUGGGCUUGUGUUACGUUUACAGCUCUUUGUGGUGGCGCUGGGCGCCCUUGGUUCUUGACUGGUAAAGAUCAGGAAAAUGGCUCUCUCCAACCAAUGGAUGAAGAAUUCCGUUCGCACGAGAGUCGCAUGCGUGCCGAACAAGCUCAAGCGCGCUGGCAGCGCCGAGAACCGUCUAAGUGA